GAAAAAUAAAAAUAAAAAUAAAAGUUAAAUGUUUUUGGGUAUAUGUUUCGGAAAAUAUAUAAUUCGGGUUAACGACUAUAUAGUUUCUACUAAUCGGAUUAGGUAUCAACUAAUUAUUUUUUUCCAAACCCAACCUUAUACCAAUCAGACAUGAGAUAUACCUGUCCCAAAUGCUUCAAGUUUCAAGCAUAACUGUCAUGCUCGGGUUUUUUCCCAUCCCUACAAAUAAUCAUACCGGAAAACACAAUAUUCUAAAUACAACAUGACACAUGGUCAUGGAUUGUAAAGCAGGGGCGGAGCUAGUAUAUUAGAAGGGGUAGCAUGGGCUACCUCUUAACCCCGUCUCUGUAUCGUUUCCGUAGGAUAAAAAAAUCCGAUUUUAUACAAAUGAUACCAUUGAUCUAAAAUAAAUUAGAAUCCACCUAAAGUUUUUGGGUAGCUCGCCACUGUUGUAGACUCUGUAACACUGCCACCCAACAUGUUGCCAAACAGGAACACCCGACAAUAAUUUGCUUAAAAAACCCCUACAUUUUUCCAAACAAGAACACACACCAAAUCGCGAUUUCUUCAAAUUUACCGAUCUCAGGCCUCAGAUUAUGGUCACCUCUUGUUCCCGUCGAAAGCGUCAGCGUCAUGCAUUCGCCAGUAUUUGUUCAACUCACGUGAGUCACAUGUGGACUCGUGGGUACUAUCAUCAUGCAACCUCUGCUCGUAUGCCACCUCGCUUUUAAACUCGUAUCACACAUCCAUGGCUCCAGUUUCCCGAUGGUAGUCCUGGGCGUAAGCGCUUAGCCACUCUACUCAAGAAACAGUUUGCGGCAACUUGGACCGUCGAUUGGGAUACUUUAAAGAAGUUGAACCUACACCAUCGCGCUAGAGACGCGAUGGGCCCGGUUUGGUUGAGAUUUUUCUCCAUCAAACAUCCGCAGUACAGAGAGCUAUGCUUGGAGUUCCUAUCAACAUACGAGUUUCAAACUCCUUGCACGGAUUAUAGUUACGGUCGUUCCAUCACAUUCAGGAUGGCGGGUGUCGAGCGGUCUUGCUCGUUGAUCGAGUUCGCAAAACGAAUGGGUUUGUAUACAGACAAGGAGAUGAAGACCGAUGUAUUUUUGAAGGGAUUGAUAAAGCUUCCGGAUGCUGUGACCCCAGAACAGGUUUGGGCUCAGAUCGGUGAGGGACCGUAUCAAGCGAAACCGUUGAUAUAUACGCGAUUAAAAGAUCCGUUUCAUCGCAUCCUCCACCGCGUUAUUGCGCUAUCAAUUGCGGGGAGAAAGUGUGGACCAAAUGUGAUUUUUCAGAAAGAUUUGUUCUUCUUAUAUUGUUUAAUCAAGCCAGCCGUAUGCAACGUGGCGUACAUGCUAGCUAGCUACUUCACAUCUUGCAUGGGAAUGAGGCCGACGACUUAUAUUUGUGGCGGAUCGUAUAUCACUCAACUUGCUAAAUCAUAUGGUGUUUUGACGCCUGAGGCUUGUGAUAACUUGACUUCUUUCCUCCCGACUCAGACUCUAGACAUGGUGGCGUUGACGUACAUGAAGGUUGUCGAACCGAUAUCGCAACCUGACCCAUCACAACACAAGGAGGCACCUCAGCAGCAGCAGCACCCGUCGCAGCACCAGGCGGCACAUCAGGAGCAGCAUGAGGCGGCACAUCAGGAGCAGCAUGAGGCGGCACAUCAGGAGCAGCAUGAGGAGGCACCUCAGCAGCAACACUCACCGCAUCACGAGGAGGCACCUCAGCAGCAGCCACAGGGGGCGGCACCUCAGCAGCAGCAGCACCCGUCGCAGCACCAGGAGGCACCUCAGGAGCAGCAUGAGGAGGCACCUCAGCCGCAACACUCACCGCAUCACGAGGAGGCACCUCAUCUACAGUACCCACCGCUGCAUGAGGAGGCACCUGAUCAGCAGCACCUAAUGAAGCAGGAGGACCCACCGGAGCAGCAACACCCACUGCAGCAGGAGGAGGGACCUGAACAACAUCAGGCUGACCCGCUAACACAUGGUCUUGGUGUGACUACCGUAGAUCUGGUGGCGAUGAUGGCUGAGCUACAACAGGGGCAGCAGAGACUAGAGCAAGAGCAUCAAAGAGUAGAGCAAGAGAAUCAAAGACGCCACCAGGAAACAAUGUCUGCCCUCAGAUGCAUAGCGAGACAUUUUGCUAUCCCCGAAUUCCCACCUCCAUAACAUUCGAGGGACGGUGAUUCAGAGCAUUAUUAGGAACCAGGGUUAAUGACAACACUUGUUUAGUAUUUGGUUGUAGUUUAUGGGUCACUGUUGUACAAACCAUAUGCUAUGAUGCACAUGCAAAGAUUGGUGUUCCUUGACAGAUUAAGAUGUGUAAGUUGAGGGCAUUGAGAUAUGAUUUCUUUAGCUUUUCCCUUGUUUUAAAGAUAUCUAGAGCACUAAUUAUACAUUGUAACUGUUACUCAACACUUUUUAUCUAACACCUUAAUCAAAUUUUAGAUAUCCAUA